AGUUCGGGGAGGGACCCAGGCGUCCGGCCAUCCUCCUCCCGCCCCUCCCCUCGCUUCCCAUUGGCGGAGCCGCCGCUCCCAUCGCUCCCCGCGCCGGGGGGCGGGACCGGAAGUGGUUUCCUCCGCCGAGAUGAACCUGGGCCGCGUGUCCAAUGAGGAGAAGCUGGAGCUGUGCCGGAAGUACUACCGCGGGGGUUUCGCGCUGCUGCCGUUCCUGUGGCUGGUGAACGUGCUUUGGUUCUUCAGGGAGGCGUUUGUGGUUCAACCCUAUGGGGAGCAGCAGCAGAUCCGGACCUACGUCCGUCGCUCGGCGCUGGGUCUGGGCCUAUGGGGGGCUGCCCUGGGUCUGUGGGUCGGGCUGUUCCAAAGCCAGCGGCAAAGUUGGGGGGCCCUGGGGGACUAUUUGGCCUUUACCCUCCCCCUGGGGACCCCCUGACCCCCCCAAAUCUAUGGGGUGGACCCUCCCAGAUCUAUGGGGAGGACCCCCCCACAUUUAUGGGGUGGACCCCCCCGAUAUAAUGGGGGGGGGUGGGUCUCAAAUAUAUUGGGGACAGCCCCCCCCCCCCCAGCCUGGGAGAUUUGGUGCGGCCCGAGGUGGAAUGGAGAGGAAUGGAGGUGACAUCAUGUGACAACAUGUGACAUCAUCACCCCCCCCCCCCCCAACCCCGUUUUGAGGCUGUUUCUGGAAGUUUUGGGGCUCCUCAAUCCCCCCCCCCCCCCAAUUAAAGCCGCUUUGGCCCCGCC